AGUCUUUUGUAUGAUUUUGGGUCUUAUUCGCCGCGAUUUCGCCAUCACCCAACUUUUCAUUGUCUUCUCCCCGCUUUCACAAACCACGCGCGCAAUGUCAACUGCAUCAACCACCAACGCGAACGCCACCGCGACCACCGCGACCAGCACCACCAGCAAGGCGCACACGGCGCUGGCCGAGGUCGACCAGAUUGGCGCGUUCAAGCGCACGGCGUCCUCCUUCCGACGCAGCAUCACCGCGGACGGCUCUGGGCCCGAUGGGCUCAAGGCGGAGGCUGGACGCUACCACUUGUACGGGUCUGCGGCGUGCCCGUGGAACCACCGCACGCUGAUUGUGCGCGCGCUCAAGGGACUCGAGGGAGUGGUCGGCUACACCAACUCAAACCCAGUGUGGCAGCGCACAAGCACCACCGACAACCACCGUGGCUGGGUCUUCUCGGACAAGGUCGAGCACCCAUUCGCAGACAGUCCCGCGGAGGACAACCGCCACGACGACAAGUGCGACUCGGAUCCGUUCAACGGCGCCAAAUCCAUCCGCGACUUGUACCUGCUCUCAGAUCCCAAGUAUGCGGGCAAGUUCACGGUGCCGGUGCUCUGGGACACAAAGACAAAGACCGUGGUCAACAACGAGUCGUCCGAAAUCUGCCGCAUGCUCAACAGCGAGUUUAACGCGUUCGCCAAGUACCCCGAGAUUGACUUGUACCCGGCCAAGCUGCGCGACGAGAUUAACAGCGUCAACGAGUGGGUCUACGACAAGAUCAACGACGGCGUGUACAAGGCGGGAUUUGCCCAACGCCAGGGCGCAUACACUGUUGCCGUCAACAACUUGUUCGAAGCGCUCGAGCGGGUCGAGGGCAUUCUGGCAAAGUCGCGCUUCCUGGUUGGCGAUCGUGUGACCGAGGCCGACGUUCGCUUGGUCACGACGCUCUUCCGCUUUGAUCCAGUGUACACAAUCUACUUUAAGUGCAGCAAGAAGCAGCUGCGCGAGUUCCCCAACCUGUACAACUACUGCCGCGACAUGUACCAGCUCCACGGUGUUGGCGCGACCGUCAAUGAGACGCACAUCAAGAACCACUACUACUGCAGCCACCCCACGCUCAACCCCUACCGCAUUGUGCCCGAGACCUUCCCCCAGGACUGGAACUUGCCCCACAACCGCGCCUUGCUCAGCGCCAAGGGUCCCCUUCGUGCUAGCAGCGACGAAUGAUUUGUUGCUGUGCCUCGUAGUUGCGAGAUGCGAUCGGGAGUAUGUUUUUUUUUUUUGUAUUUCUGUAGAAUGGAAACAGAGCACUCAAGGUGUAACCAAAAGUGCGUGCAAACGUCAAAAAUAAAAGCGAUAGAAGCAAAA